UCUCUCCAUACGCGCCUUCAAACGGCAAUGUUAGUUACUCGUCACACAAAGAAUACGACAUUGCUACAUUCUCCUGCCACACAGGCUACAAGCUUGUUGGUCAUUCCUAUACUUCAUGUACUGUCAGUGGACAAUGGUCCAGUCCAUCACCUACGUGCUCAGAAAUCCUCUGUACAGGUUCAGUGUCAGCACCAACAAAUGGUCAUGUGACAAGUGGUGGCAAUACAUUGUCAUCAGUACGUCAGUUCUCUUGCAUGGAAGGUUAUCAGCUGAGUGGUAUGAGUUACACAACAUGUCUAUCAAAUGGGUCUUGGUCAUCUGCCAUGCCAGUCUGCACACAGAUCAAAUGUCCGCAAAUUCGUCCACUACCAUCUGGCAAGACUGUAGAAAUCUUUCCAGGCAUCGUCUUCUAUGCAUGCAAUGCAGGAUUUAAACUUGUAGGCACAUCAGCUUCAAGGUGUAUGGCUAAUGGAAGCUGGUCGACUAGUAUGCCUCAAUGCAACCCAAUUCAAUGCUUUCCAUUUGCUACACCCAAGAAUGGUACACUUGUACGAAGUUCAUGGGGGGUGUUUGGCAUCACCGAGUUUGCAUGCGACGAAGGAUACGCACUCAAAGGGCAGAGAUCUUCAGUAUGUAGGGAGGAUGGAACCUGGUCAUCUACCGAACCCUCGUGUGAAGCAAUUCGAUGCUCACAACUUGCUCCACCCAAGAAUGGUACCGUUGUAAGAAGUUCUCUAGUGCUAUUUGGCAUCAUUGAGUUUGCGUGCAACGACGGAUACGCACUCAAUGGGCAAAGAGCUGCAGUAUGUAAGGGGAAUGAAACCUGGUCAUCUAAAACACCCGUGUGUGAAGAAGUGAUCCAGUGCCCAAAAUUGGGUGAACCUGCUAACGGAACCAUUGUCAGAAACUCUCACGCUGUCCUUGGUGUCACUGAAUUCGCAUGCGAUGAAGGAUACUUACUCGUAGGCAAUUCAUCAUCAGUCUGCAUGAGCAAGGGAUAUUGGUCAUCUGAUGCUCCAAAGUGUCAAGAAAUUCGAUGCAGUAGUGACCUGGCUACACCGGAUCAUGGAGCUGCGACAUUCAUCUCCAAUAAAUUGUUCGAUGUCAUAACAUAUUCGUGUAACCCGGGAUAUCAACUUAUUGGCGACAUCAGCUCAAUUUGUCUUCCAUCUGGUAACUGGUCAACUGCUACUCCGUCUUGUGAAAGUAUUCUGUGCAAGGAUGUUCCCGCCGUCAACAACGGAAGCAUCAUUUCAUUAAAUAAUAUUCACACGAUAAAUGCAACUUCUAUUGCGGUCUGUAACCCUGGAUUCCAUCUUUAUAGCAAUAGAACAGUUCAAUGUGCCGAGGACGGCAGCUGGGACACAACGUCUCUUCCCGAUUGUAGACCCUUGCCAAACAUACCCGACAAGGAUUCACAGCUGGAGAAUGGCUCUGACAGUGUUCCGUAUCUGAUUGUGAUUGGCUGCCUCGGAUUUAUCGUAGUCAUCUUGGUUAUAAUCGUCAUUGCUCUCUUCAUACGGCAGCGUUCAGGCGUAGGAAAGCUUAUGGUCGCAGAUGAAAUGACAGUUCUUGACAAUGAAGCAUCAUCCGCAGGGUCUCGCUGGAAACAAAAUUCCGAACAGGCCGCCGAGAGUGGAUUGGAGUACGGCACCAUUGGCGAUGCUUGUAGUGAUGUGGAAAAUGUUGUCUAUGCGAGCACUACUGAUGUCACAGGUAUUUCCUCGGAUACAGCCAAGACUGCUCAAUCCUGCCCAGAUGAAGCAGACGCUCAACCGGAUACAACAAGCCCGGUAGCUACGAAUGAUUACGAGGAAGUGGUCAUUACUAAACCUCCACCGAGAAAACCCCAACCAGAGACCAAUGAUGAGACCACGCUAGGCAACGGACAUGCAGAUACAGGAGCAGCAUCUGAGGAGCCUGAAAUCCUGUACACGACCGUACAAAUCACAAAGGGACCAAAUGGCACACCUGCUCCAACCUGCGAAGACGAGUCCACCACGUAUGCCUCCAUUGAUGUAAAGGCGAUGCGAAGUGAUCGUUAGCUGGAAAGUGGCUGUCCCACUGCAUUACGCAAUGCACUUCAUUGGGCGUGUUCUUUUUCUUUCCCAGAAUGUUACACCUUAGCAUUUCACCCCAUGUUCCAUGGCUCUGUAUGCACCAUCUCCUCAUGUUCCCACUGCAACUUCUCUUUUCUAAUUGCACACACCGUACCCUGUAGGCUAUAUGUACCAACAACUUUCUGCUUAUGCAUUUGGUUUGCAUUGUACAAAUACAUUUGCACAUGCGUUUUUCCAAACCCCUAAAUAAUCGCAUUUCACAAAAGGUCACGUGAUUCCGUCUGCAUCAUCAUCUCAUGUUGCUAUUGCCACUUCUUUUUUUUACGAUUGGCGCAUACUGUAACAUUAUAGGCUACUCUUAAGGUCUAAAUAAUCAUGCUUAUACGUGUUGUGACAAAGGUACACUUCCUAUUUCGCUGCAAACAUAUUCUUUUGUGAAUUUCUGUGCAUGAGCACAUGUAUUCUUUUUAAAUCCCUGAACAUUUUGCUUUUAAGCAAUGCUCAGACUUGUGUGAAAUUGCAGCAUAAUCGCUUUCUGCCUGACUUUCAGUUUAUCACAAUUCUGCAUCACAUACUCCUAUUAAGGUGCCUUCCGCCACAUUUUUUCUCUCCUGGACGUAUAUUUUGCACGGAAUGCAUGAAACUAUUCAUAUAACUCUUCCCCAAUAUGACCAUGAUUCUCACUGCAGAAAAUAUGUUCAGCAAGGUUUUGCCGUUUCAGGACAUUUCAGUUAUUUCGCUGCUUGGCAACAAUUCUUGUUUAGUUUUCAACCAAACCUUAUCACGUUUCAUUUUUUUUCUACCUCUUCACAUGUGCGAAUAACAGAAAUUCCCACGUACAAACAUAUUCAGUUUGCUAGCUGGAGAAGAAUGAGGCCAGUACGUUAUAAAGGUUGCUCACUAAUGCAACGUCCUCUAGCUUUCUUGCUUUUUCACGAAUCCAUUAUCUCUAGCCAACGUAUGAUGCUGGAAAUUCAUGAGUUCAA